AGCACAAAACAAGCUAGAGCUCACUACUAGCUGCUUAGGUAAGUGAGCUCAAGCACCUUAACACUUGCCACUUGCUCGAUCGAUAACAAUGCAAGGCCUCAAGGCAUCUUCUUCCCUGCUUGCGACGUUGUUCCUGCUCGUGGUCUUACUCUCCGGAACAAAAGGCGGCUGGUGACCAGCGAGUCGGAAGACGAGCCGUGCAUGAAGAUGCGCGUCUACUACCACGACAUCCUCCUCUACGAUGCCGUCUACAACAGCGACGCCGCGAACGCGACGUCGGCCACGGCGCCCUCGCCGCUGAGCCCCACGGGGUUCUUCGGCAUGAUGGUGGUGUUCAACGACCCGGUUUCUCCCUACCCUGCAGAAAAGAAAAAUGAAAGAAACGCACAGUCUGCCUCCCUUCCCUUUGAAAGCAGUUUGCCAGUUCUUUGUCUCAGUGAAUACCCCCUGUUGACCAAAGGCAAGGCGCUGCCGCCGGCCGCCGUUGGAGGAGACGAAGAAGUGGCGCGGGCGCACGGGCUCUACUUCUACAACAGGAAGGACAAGUUCAGCGCGUGGUUCGCCAUGUCGCUGGUGUUCAACGGCGCCACGGGCGGCGGCCGCAGGGGCACGCUGGAGCUCAUGGGCGCCGAUCUCAUGGACCGGAAGACGAGGGAUAUAUCUGUUGUGGGUGGCACCGGGGACUUUUUCUUGGCCCGUGGGGUGGCCACGCUGCGGACGGAUGCUGUCGAGGGGGUGAUCUACUACCGGCUGCAGAUGGACAUCAAGCUCUCCCAGUGCUACCUCUGAUGACUGAUAAGCGUGUGCCAAUAAGGAGUGAUGUGUGUAUGAUGCCCUGCAUGGUGUGUUGUAUUUUUGAUGUUUUCUGUGUGUGUGUGUGACGAUGACUGAUGAGUCCUGUCCAUGGAUUGUGUUUCAUUUGGUGUAUACGAAUUGUUUCGCUAGGGGACUGAGUAGUGUUUCCAGCUUGCUUUUCGA